AUGACGAGACAGGCCACCCGGUUCACCCCCGAGGUGCUGCUGUCGGCCCCGCGCCGUUCUACAAGCGUUCCCAACUCCACUGGCGAGCUUGUUCUCUAUACUAUCUCAUCCUACUCAUUCGAGAAACACUCCGGGUCGUCACAGAUCCGCGUCCUCAACAUCAAGGAUGAUUCCUCUCAUGUCAUCACCGAGGAUGCGCAUGACAGCUCUCCUUUCUGGAUUGGAGAGAAUGAAGUCGCAUUCAUCAGGACAAAUGAUAAUGGCAUUUCUUCGCUUUACUAUGCGCACGUUUUGGAAAAGUUCGAGCCACGCAUGAUUCAAUAUUUUGCUGGAGCCAUCUCCAAUCCGAAGACCAAGGUUCUCUCAGAGGGUAAGAUCGCGUUUGUCUGCUCCUCCUUGACCACCCCCAAAGGCGAUAUGUAUUGGCAAGCAACUCAGCCCAAGGCCUAUACUUCAGCCAAGAUCUACACUAGUCUAUUUGUUCGUCAUUGGGAUGCAUGGAACACCGAAAACCAAAACUCGCUCUGGUAUGGUGUGCUCAACAAGAAAAACGAUAGAUGGCUUCUUGAGAAUUCGAGCCUCAUCAACCUCUUGGCAGGUACCGAGCUGAGCUCUCCGGUCCCCCCUUUCGGCGGUGCUGGAGACUUUGACAUCUGCGAGAAUGGCAUUGCUUUCGUUUCAAAGGAUCCCGAGCUGAAUCCCGCACGAAACACCAAGACCGAUCUUUAUUAUGUGCCUAUCAAGUCUUGGACAGAGAAGGCCCCCAAACCCCAGAUUGUUAAAACUGGACGACUGCGGGGAUACAGCAGUGCGCCAACCUUUUCAAACGACGGAAAGAAGCUCGCAUUUGCUAGAAUGAAGAGUCAGCAGUAUGAAUCCGAUAAGACAAGACUGUUGAUCAUCCCAGAUGUCACCGACUUGAGCAACGUUCAAGAAUUUUACCAGACAGACGAUGAUGAGGGUGGUUGGGAUUUGAGACCUGACUGGAUUGUUUGGAGAAAGGACGACAAGGAGCUAUACGUCGCUGCUGAGAAGCAUGGGCGAUCAAUGCUCUGGAAACUUCCGGCUGAUACCCUUGAGGCUCGCAAUCUUCCCGUACCCAUCCACGAAGAUGGGAGCGUUGUGGAAGCUCACACUCUGGCUGACAGUGACUCCCUUUUCAUUACAACCCGAUCGCGUGUCGAGAAUUCCAGCUACGGCAUCCUGAACCCUGAGUCCAAGUCGGUCAAGGUGAUCUCAGCCAGCUCUAAGAAUGGCAAGACCUUCGGCCUCUCCAAGUCUCAGGCCACGGAGAUUUGGUACCCUGUAUCAACUGGUUACGACAACCACGCCCUGGUCAUGCUUCCUUCUAACUUUGACAAGUCCAAGAAGUAUCCAUUGGCUUUCUUGAUCCAUGGUGGACCUCAAUCAGCUUGGACGGAUGAUUGGAGUACUCGUUGGAAUCCUGCCAUCUUUGCUGAGCAGGGCUACGUAGCGGUUUGCCCCAACCCGACUGGCAGCACCGGGUACGGCCAAGCUCAUGUUGAUGCCAUUGCUGAGAACUGGGGAGGUGCUCCAUACGAUGAUCUGGUGAAGUGUUUUGAGUACCUUGAGAAGCAUGUUGACUAUGUGGAUACCGACCGCGCGGUUGCGUUGGGAGCUUCGUACGGCGGAUACAUGAUUAAUUGGAUCCAGGGACAUGACUUGGGACGAAAGUUCAAGGCCUUGGUUUGCCAUGAUGGUGUUUUCUCGACUCAAAGUCAAUGGUCUACUGAAGAGCUGUUCUUCCCUGAGCACGAUUUUGGCGGAACACUUUGGGAGAAUCGCGCCGGGUACGAGAAGUGGGAUCCAUCUCGACACACUAGCAACUGGGCCACCCCUCAGCUGGUCAUUCACAACGAACUCGAUUACCGACUGCCUAUCUCAGAAGGACUGGCCAUGUUUAACGUUUUGCAAGCUCGCAAGGUGCCCAGCAAAUUUGUCAUGUUUCCUGAUGAGAACCACUGGGUUUUGAAGCCCGAGAAUUCACUUAUUUGGCAUCGAGAGGUUCUGGAGUGGAUCAACAAGUACAGUGGUAUUUCUGAUGAGGGAAACCUGGAGAAGAAGACAGAGAAGAUGACUGUAUAG